CCUUCAAUAUUAUUACUAAAAAUCGUUCACACUGCUUUCCACAAACUAACUAUCCCUUAAACUGAAUUUCAACUAAAAUAUCCUAAUAAUACAGAAUUCUCAAAGAAAUCUUCAAUAUUAUUACUAAAAAGAAUCGUUCACACUGCUCUCUACAAACUAACUAUCCCUUAAACUGAAUUUCUACUGAAAUGCCUUAUUAGUACAUAGUUCUCAAUGAAAAAAUACAAAAGUACCUGAAACGGUUAAGCCACGAAGUAGCAAAGUCGCAUUUCAAUUUCGAAAGGUCCAAAGGUAAUCCUCGCAAUGAACGCGUUGUUCUCCAUCGACGAAUCUAACUCCUCCCUAGAACUUAAGAAAACUGGCAACGGACUCGAAAGUUCCGCGAAUGAUCGGGAUCGAUCUAAUAACGCGGAAACGAAACUCGCGGGGGGAAAAUCACUGGGAAGCGGAAUUCGUGUAGGUGGCACGUUUGCUCUGCGUGCGUGGUAGCCGGUGUGCGCAGUUUAUGAUAAUAUUUAAUCCUGUUAUACGCGAAGGGUGAAUAUAGAACGGACACUCCGGACCUCGUGGCGGUUAGUCGAUGUCCCGAUGCACGGUGUCGUUGGUAGCGGUAAUCCAGUUAUGUUCGAGCUACGGACGCCACUCGAUGGUCUACUAACGUUUCGACCGAGUUCUGGUCGUCGGCACUUCUCUCCGCUUUUGCAACGUUUACCUUUCCGCGUAACCGAGCCCCGCCGCUUUGAUCGUCACGGGAAAAAUCCUGAUUUCUCGGUGCACGCCGCUUUGAUUCGACGCACGCAUCAUCUCGGGCUUGCGGUAACGAUGCUUCGGAGCUGCUUCUGACUUCUAAUUUCAUUCCUGGGGAAACGCGAUUCGUACAUGCUGGACGAAAGGGUUGGAAGAAUAGACGAGUGCUGUCAAUUACUACUUGGAACUAGAAAAUAAUUAGAACUGGUGCAAUAUUGAAGCCUACAGAGUUCAAAGGGUAAAUCAUUAAAUAAUACAGACAAAAAGAAUUCCACAGAAUAGACGAUCGUCGUCAAUUGCUAUUUAGAACUAGAAAAUAAUUAAAACUGGUGCACUAUCGGAGUCUACAUAGUUCAACGGGUUAAUUAUUAAAUAAUACAGACAAAAAGAAUUCCACAGAAUAGACGAUCGUCGUCAAUCACACGCAACCAGUUUACUAGCCGAAUCUCCAACACUCAUACACGCGAAGAAGUUUCUUUCGUCCACCGCAUGUUCGCCGCGUUUCAGCGAGUUCUUCGAGCAAAAGCACGUUUCCGUGACGAUGCCCGUUUUGCGAGCGCAUCGCACAGGUACGUUUACGAUGUCGCGAAUUCGAUAAUUCGAUAAUUCGUGGUCAACCGGUAAUUACACGGGGCAGCGGUACGAACAACAAUGCCAAGGAUUAGAGCAUCGAUUGAGAACUUGACUGCGAUACCUCGUCUAAAUAAGGUCACAAGUUUGGCGAUGAUACUUGACAGGUUUCCGAAAUCAUUUCGCUUUGCGCGUGAAACUUGCAGCCGUUGACUCGCCGGAUCUCAACCUCUAAACACUCCGUUAACCACCGUUGACCAGUGCGCGACGUUCGUCGAGACUAACGAUCAGUGUAUUCAGUUUAAACCGGUGUAUCUAAAUUCCGCAUCUUAAAUCGAAUUUCACAGCGUUCGUCCCGGACACCAGUCAUCAUAGUGAAUGUCUAAUGUCUGUGCAGUGAUCGAACAGCCGAAGUGUCCAGCCUGUAGUGCACGAAUAUCGAUAAAUUCCACAGUCCGAGGAUCCGUCGAUGAUUCCAUUUCAUCUAGUACAUACUUACGAUCAACCGAUCGAACCGUACGAUCAAACAGGAAACAAACUACAAUGACAAUGGCAAGCUGAAGGCGCAAAGAAAGGAGUAUCUAAAAGAGCAGCGGAACAUCCACUUUCAACUGUCCAAUGGUUCACCGAGGCAGUGGACAUUACGCCCGAGCUUUUUCGCAUCUCGACAGCUUGUUGCUUGGCCUAGAAUUAGCUGCAAGCAAGACCGACGAGGAAAAACUGCGCGGAAGUCGUCUGAACGAGUCAGGGGAACAUCCUCGCCAGCGUUUCAUUGCGAGGAGGAAGCUCUUCUUCCGCGAUGUCCCACGCAGUCGGCUUUUAAUGACCAGCGGCACGUGGCCUUACAGUCUGAACCGCAUCGGGACAAAAGGCAGCGAGACGGUGAUGUUCCGAGAACAGAUGAUUCGUGAAUCACGCUCGCUAGCACUGAUCGCAUCGAAGAAUUGAAGUCUUUCUGGAAGAACACCGAGGGUACAUAGUUCCUCCCCCGAAGAUGGGGUUCCAUGUGAAAAGAUGACGAGGAACGUGCGUCGGAGAGGUUCGUACGUCUGCCUUUAACACAUAGAAUUACGGUUACGCCACAAACAAGAUGAAUAUUAUGUACAUAUGUAAAUGAAUACAAGUUGAACGAUGGAAGAGUCUAGCGAACAGAUGAGAAUUAUUACUUGUUGUCGAUGAGAGAUUAUUGUUACUCUGCGACUGUGAAGAGUCAGCGCGGAUUCGACGUCGAAACGGGUUUGUCGCUGGAACGGGGACCGACUAUGGAAACGGGGGAGCGAUCGAAGAGAAUCCGUUCCAGGACUUCCGUUCCGAGUUUGUUCAGAGUAUCCUAAGAUUUUGAUAGCCUGCAUCCGGUUGCCUUCGAAGUCCUGAGGCCUGCGGGAGAGUUUCGCGUAGACGCAACGGUGACACGGGAACAAAGAGCAAGAAACUUGUAUUUUUCCGGGAGGAGGUCGACGAGAAGAGAAAGACGAGAGCCUAGCUGUUCUCUCAUUUGUCGCUGAAUCAUUAACGCGUUAUUGAUUGUCUAGCACAGAGAACCGGCAGGAAAAAGGAGCAGAGUUUCGGAAGAAUGCGCCUUUAGUUUCGCAGCGAAACUGAAAUUCCGUAGAAUUUUAAGGGGAACUCUCGGUCGGCUAGCGGCUUAAAGCCGCGUCGAGUCUCGACGAUGCGCUCGAAAACAGGGAACAAAUGCGGGAAAUUAGAUGACCGGUUGCUCUGGCCUCGAGACGAGUAGACCUACGGUUCAAGUUGCAAAUUUUGAACGUCGCGAUUUCGACGAGACGUCGGGCACAUCCGGGAAACGGAUGCGCCGCGGAGGAUACCGGAAGAUUGAUUAGAGCUGGAAAGGUGUACAAACGGUGGGAGAAGAAGGGGUAACUUGGUGGAUGCAAUUUGCGCGGUAGCUUGGUGGUUUCUCCUGUUUGAUCCGUUUCCGAGAGAUUCUCGUCGCGGUGACACGGCUGCGUGGUGAUCUUUAAGAAGGCUUAAGAUUACCACGAAGGAGCGAGAAUGUGCCCCGGCAGGAGCAUCGGGAGAAUCGGACCCUUUAUCGGGAACACAAAGAAAUGAAGUUAUCAGUGUCGGCUUAUAGAGCUCAAGCCAGUGCUCACAAAAAGAUCCUUUACAACUAUCAGCAUCAGCUGAGCUACGGGGCCACUACCCAGGCGUCCUCGGCCAGGAUCCCCCCUGAUCCCGUGACGUUCCUUACUGGCUUCAAGGUGGAUCGCGCGGAGAACGAGGAGGGCCAGGGAGGGGGUGGUCUGUCGGCGUCUUCGGCGGGCUACAGCGGUGCUUCCGGUUCGAGGAUGGGCCCAGGGCCCGAUUCCGGUAGCAGUGCUCCCUCUUCUGUUCCCCACUCAUUGGCGACCUCGAGGGACGACGAAGACGACGAGGACGAGGAAAGCAGUGGCAGACGAUCGAAUGGCCACACAGGAACGCGAACGAAGAGCAACCAGCGGUGGAUGAAACUGCGCACCACGGUGCAGCUGUCCUCCGCGAUAUCGACAAUCCAGAAGAAGCCGCCGCUGAAGCGCGAGGACUCUUUCCUGAAGAGGUUCUCGACGAGGCAGAUCCCGGAGAGCCAGGAGACGUUGGACACCGGCGAGGGCGAAGGGGACGCGAACGACGAGAAAGACUCGAGCGGCCGACGCCGAAGACGGCCGAGGCGACCGCAGAGGCCACCGAAGACCGUGGUCAAUCCCGAUGAGAAUUUCUAUUAUUACUGGCUGAUGCUACUCUCCGGUUGUGUCCUGUACAAUCUGUGGACCUUGAUCGUGCGGCAGAGCCUGCCGGAACUGCAGGCGCUGGCGCCAGCGGCGUGGCUCGCGUGCGACGGCUUCACGGACCUGGUCUUCUUCCUGGACGUAGCCGUGCAAUUCCGCACCGGAUACCUCGAGCAAGGCCUGAUGGUCUACAACAGCAAGAAAUUGGCCGGCCAUUACCUAAAGUCGAAGUCGUUCGUGCUGGACUUGCUCGCGUUGCUGCCCCUCGAUCUUCUCCAAGUGAAUCUCGGCAGCAACCCGAUGCUCCGGUUCCCUAGGUUCCUAAAGAUCUAUCGUGUCUAUAACUAUUACUAUAUGGUGGAGUCGCGGACGGUUUAUCCGAAUUUGUGGCGUGUGCUGAACCUGAUACACAUACUGCUGAUCCUGGCCCACUGGUUCGGCUGCUUUUACUACUUGCUCAGCGAGGCGGAAGGGUUCCAGGGAGACUGGGUCUACCCGUACAGACCCGGCGAGUACGCGACCCUCACCAGAAAGUACCUUGGUUCACUGUAUUGGUCGACCCUCACCCUGACGACCAUCGGUGAUCUGCCCACGCCGGAGACCAACGCCGAAGUCGUAGCGGGCGGCAAUCCCCGGAGCCUCGCUCGUCGUGGCCGACUGUCCCGGCUUCUACAGUUCAAGCAUAACGGAGGGUACGUCUUCACGAUAGUCAGCUACCUGAUCGGCGUCUUCAUAUUCGCGACGAUCGUCGGACAGGUCGGGAACGUGAUCACCAAUCGAAACGCGAACCGUCUGGAGUUCGAAAGACUUCUCGACGGCGCGAAGACCUACAUGAGACAUCAUAAGGUACCGGGUGGCAUGAAGAGAAGGGUUCUCAGGUGGUACGACUACAGCUGGUCCCGCGGCAGGAUACAAGGGGGUGGAGACAUCAAUACUGCCCUGGGUCUACUUCCGGACAAGCUGAAGACCGAACUGGCCCUUCACGUGAACCUCUCUGUGUUGAAGAAGGUCACUAUCUUUCAGGAAUGCCAGCCCGAGUUUCUACACGACCUCGUCCUAAAAAUGAAAGCUUAUAUAUUCACGCCCGGCGAUUCGAUAUGCCGGAAAGGUGAAGUGGCCAGGGAAAUGUUUAUAAUAGCAGAUGGCAUCUUAGAGGUGAUCAGCGAAACUGGCAGAGUUCUGACUACCAUGAAAGCCGGGGACUUCUUUGGGGAGAUUGGUAUACUCAAUCUGGACGGAUUAAAUAAACGCACAGCCGACGUUCGAUCGGUAGGUUACUCGGAGCUGUUCAGCCUCUCUCGCGAGGACGUGCUGGCAGCGAUGAAGGACUACCCGGAGGCGCAAGAGAUUCUGCAGAACCUCGGCAGGAAGCGGUUGAUGGAGGCGCAGAAAGUAGCAAGGGCGACUCGCCAGCCGACAUCCCCGGGUCACGAUUCCUCGGACAACAGCACGGGCAAACGAAUCGUGGACAAACUGAAGAGCGACGUGAAAGGGCUGAAGAACGCCUUAAGGAAGAGCCGUCGAAACACUAGACCAGAGGAGAGCCUCGAGCUGCAGCCGCUCGCGCCCAAGGCGCCGGCUCUCAAGCGCCAGCAAAAGAUCGACGACUGCCAAGAAGCGACCGUUUCGAACGUCCAGGAGCCACCCGUGUCGCCGCUCGGCGCAGGCCUGCCCCUGCUCGCGAGGCUGAGGCUGCUCAAAGAAAAAGAGGAGCGAGAGGAGCGGCGUAACCUGAUGGAGACGCAGACACAGGCGGUGGAGCAGCAGCAGCCGCCGGCGGAGGCUCAGAAUCCGACUAACCCGAACCUGCCUUUCCUCCAGAGGAUACUGUUGUUGAAAGCGAAGAACGAGCAAGAGGCGCUAGCUGAAAAGGAGGCGACGACCAAGGAGCCGUUGCUCCCUAAGCACGUCAUCCCGGAAGAGUCGCAGGAGCAGCUACCCAAACCCGCUGCCAAGCCUUUGACGGGCCAGCUACCGGUGCCAGGACCCGCCGACCAAGCCAGCAAACCUGCGCCAGCCUCCACAACGGAGAAAGCGAACGGCUCGAACGCGAAGAAGACAUGGGCGAUGCUGAAGGACGCCUCGCUCACCAACAAGGAGAACUCGCCGCAACGCAGCCCGCCCACGAGGAAGAUGCAGCUUAGGCAAAGCCUCGUCCAUCUGAGGCAACAGACCAAGAUGUACGCGUCCGUCGACGACCUCUCGCCAGAGUACUGCGGCCUGCCGUUCGUCAAGAAGCUCAAGAUACUGAACGAGAGACAGAAGCUGGCGGAACUCGAGAAAGCGGUCCGUAGCUCCAGCCUCGAUUGCGGUGAAAACGCUGAGAUCGAGUUCGACGGCAACCUAACGAGGAGCCACUCGGAGGCCUGCGCCAUCGAGUACGCGAGGAAACUGGAGAAAUUGAAUCAGCACCGCCGGGGAUUCCCGUCGGACCCAUUGUCGCCGGACAAUGAAACGUUCGAAAGGCGGCACCUGAAGAGUAUUUUAAAAAAGCUGUCCGCCGGCAGCAGGACAGGCAGCUCGGACACCUCAGCGACGAGCACGCCGGACCGCGAGGCGGCCACUGCCGAAUUGAGGAAAUUAAUGAGGGCGCCGACCAUCGAGGGUUACGCCGCGAGGCAUUCGAAGCUCUCGAAAAGUGUAACGUUUAACAAGUAUACGCUGCAAAGCCCGCCGUCCGAGCAGAUCCCAGGGAAUUAUCCACUUGGGCCUCAGUCGCCGGAUACCCAGGAGCAGGCCUCACUGCCACCGCCCAAUAAACUCAGUUUCCGUCCUUUGGGCAGCGGAGGUAUCCUGCAAGUGGUAUCUCGCUCGCGGGAGGAGGAAUACAUAGGGGAGCUAGUGUCUGGUAUCAGAGAAGUCAUUAAAGGUCGUCUGGAGGACAUACAGACGAAGUUCGGGCGGCAGUUCACAUCGUUAGAGCUCGAAAUUCGUAAACGGGACGAGAUAAUAUCUCAGCUUCAAGCGAGGAUACAAGAACUGGAGCAAAGAGAGUCGCAGAACGGGGACGAGUCGCUCGGCGACAGCACGGAGCACGACGCCUCGCUGGAAGAGGAUUUGGACGACGACCGUGAGGAUCAUCCUUUCAUGAGGGACGGCUCGGUCGACACGGUUCUCACCGCUCGUCCGCAUUACGCGCGUUCUUCGCUGUCCACGGAGUCCACCUCCCAAAACAGGAGGUCCUGGGAGGAGCAUUCCGAGGAAGAGACUCUGGAACUUCAAGAAUUGCCCACCUCGAUCGUUCCCCAGAACUUGUGGAAGGACGAGGUGGCCAUCGACCUGGAGUCGAACAGCGACAGCAGCAGAUCAGACAGGAGCGACAGCGGCAACGACGAAGACGACGACGACGAGUCGCACGAGGGGGGGCACAAUAAUUGGGAGGUGACCAUGCUAGCUCAGGAACUCGAGGCCAGACGAAGAAGCAGCGAAAACUCAAGCCCGGGUUCCUAGCGCAUUAACGAGAUUCUAGACGUACUGUGUUACCUCACGAACACGUUGCACUCGAAGGGCUGGUGCAACGAUGCGACUUUCCGCGAGAAGGAUUGCCCUUAUUUACAAUUAGACUUUGAUAGUUUGACCAGUUGUAGCGAGACUAUGAUGUAAUCUUAUCUAGUCGGAAAGAUUGUUCCAUUUCUAUCGUCCCGGCCAUCUUGUAUGUCGAGUAUAAGUUUCACGCCUGCUGCAUCGUACGCGUAAUUCGCAGUGGAUCGACGAAUCAUUUGUAUGCUCGACUGUUUCAUGGUGGGCUUGCACGGGGGAACCAUCGCGUAUUGAUGGAGUCUGAAUCAUUCAGCGUUUCGUUGCGCGUUAUGCUGUUUUCGAAGGAUUCGAAAGAGUUCGAGGAUUGAAAUUGGACUAUUGGGAACCUAUUUUACCGGCAGUUGGCAUGGAUAACUUGGUAUUUUAUAUGUUCUCUCGGUAUAUAGAAGUUUCGUGGAAAUAACAACGAAAUAUUUUCAUUGGAUUGAAAUUGAAAUUUUAACGAAUGAUUUAAUGAUAUGGAGACUGGCGCGGAAGAAACGGGAAUCUCGUAGUAAAAGCAGUCGGACACGUGAUCGCUGUAACAGAAGAAUUAAAGGAACACGUUAUAAGAGAAACGACAGAAAGCUAUAUGUAAAUGUUAAAACUUCGUUCUUUUAUAUUAAGUCGUUGUCUGUAAUAAAUAAUAUACUGUAUUCUAUAGUAGAGAAGCCAGAUAAAUACCAUUCAUUGAUGAUGACUAGUGUGCGGAUUUUUAUGAAUUUUGUAUCUCAUAAGUGUUUUCACGGAAUAAUAAAGCACAAACUGCAAGAGUAUUUAAUACAGCUUUAGAAUGUUUUCUAUCCACCAGAAUUAUCACUGUCAAAAGUUACACUUGACACGUUCACGCCACCGGUGAGUCUUGCCAGUGUGAACGUGUUAACCCUUUGCACUCGAAAGUCUUUUGCUAGAAAUCUUCAGCACUCUUUCAUAAAAUAUAGACGAUUUAUUGCAACUAAUGUAACUAAUUUAAUCGAUAAAUUAAGGGAUUAUACAAAGUUCAAUAUUAACUCAUUGUAUGCGGGAAACGUAAAAGUAUUAUUUUCAUGUACCCUAAUAUUGAAGCAUUAAAUAAAUACUCGUAUAACUUCAUUAACAUUUUCGACAGAAGUAGAUAGUUGAUUCCUUUUGCGUAUGAUUGAAAGUAUUUCUACUUGCAAUGAAACAAUUGAAUAAUAAAUAAAUGAAUUGAAUGUAACCGAUAUCAGUUAAAAUGAACAAAAUGGCCCGCACGCAAUGUGUUAACACGUAAUUACUACAAUUCAUUCGAUUACCAUGAUUAUUUGAAAAGUUUUAUAUAUUACUAGCAAUGCCGCCUAAUGCAGUGACAUUCGACAAGAUGAACCUGCAAUAAUUUAUUUAUUUUCAUUUCGUAUAUUUCUCUCGGCAAUCGUGUGCCUGAUCAUUUUACCGUAUCAAAACAAGUAGUGACCGAAUCACCUCGCGAGUGCAAAGGGUUAAAUGUUGAAGCUUAACUUGUUUGAAAUAAUACGAACAAACAUACACUGGCUAACGAUCAGAAUAGGGUACAGAAAAAUGAUCUGAGAACAGAAACAAUUAUUUCUACCAAUCUGAGUAUCAACUUUUUCCCUUAAAUUCUAGUGCUAGUGCUUCUCUUGUCAUAUGUGUAAUCAGUAUUGUAAAUCAAUAUAACAUAUCUUACAAUCACCAUUCAAAUUAUUCCUUGAACUACAAAAUUUUCUUGUUUCCGCGUUAUUUAUCAACGCUGAGUUACUAGUAUCUUUUAACGAGCGCAUUAUACUUAAUCUACUCAAUGCAGAUUGGAUCAAUACGUUAUUCUCUCGCAUAAAGUGAUCAUGAAGAAACUGAGCGUACAGAUGCACUUUCUCGAUACACUGUGCAUUUCCCUCGCACCUUCUCUGCAUGUGUUAAUCGAACGGUUUUUCUUUUUUAAGGAACUUUUCAUGGCGAGCCUUCGACUGCCUGCAAUUCACUGAUUUCACAUUCAUUUCAUUCAUCUUCAUUUAUUCGUCCUCUUUUCUGAGAACUUCGUAUUCGAUUCGUUUGUUAACAGUGGUCUCGGUUUCAAGGAUUUCACGUUUCGCGUCGGACUGAUUUUAAUUUCUCGUCCCGUGUGAUUUUGCGAAGUUAAAGUAGAACGUGCACGUGUAAUGGUAAUGUAUCUAGCGAGUAACGAUAUGAUUUCUUUUCGAAAUAUUUUUAAGAUUAUAGUGAUUUAAACCUGCAUAUAUUUAGGUAUUCAUAUCUAUAAUAAAGACUUAAAUAAAACUAAUCAAUUACAAGUCCUUUCAGAUAUCGUUGAUGAUCGACUAAAAUACAAAAGGUUUCUAAAUGUUACGCAAUGUUCAUUGGUGAAAGUAUAUUCGUUACGUUCAUUUCGAGGAUAAUUAUCUAUUGUUGGCUUAUCAUUUCCCCCUUGAAUUCGGUUGAUAGCUUGAUAUUAAAUAUCCUUUUGGAAAAACCGAAUGUCAAAUGGAUCAGCAAUUCCCACGAAUCAGUUUACGUGGUAACACUGAAAGUUACUUGAUGACCUCGCAAUUGGACACAGUGUUUCAUGACUUUUUCUGUAUCUGAAAACUGUGCAGUUUCUUAUUCAGAAAUAAGGUGAAAUAACAUUUGUCACGUUUUUCUUUUACUCAAAUUAGCUCGCAACCUAUAGAACAAUUAAUUUCCGUUUUCUACUGCACAUUGACAAACUUGUGCGACAUUGUUCAUAGAUCAGAAAUAAUAACACAAGAUACAUAAAAAAGCCAUGAUAAAUGGCUUAUAAUAUAUUGUAAUAAAUGAAUACAAUUUUUUUAAGCUGUCACUGCGAAACAAGGAAAGCGAAAUUGUGUUAAUCAAUUCUCAGAGAAACUUCUGUUAUUUUUUUAAUAAUUGCAAAAUGAAGAAACCAGAAAUGAGUCAUUUCGACCUAUUUACUAGUUUUAGUGUUAAAUUCUUGGAACAAAAGCAAACCUCGCACAAAGACUCUUAACACGUUGAUCGCCAUGAGAAUUUAGAGCGUUUCGUAUAAUAUUACUUAUCUUGUCACAACAAAUGCAAAUGGUAUUGGAAUUAUUAAUAGUUCGUUACCAUAGUUCUUAUAUUAUUUAGUUACUAACAUUAACAAACAUUUUAAUUCUACAUCAGUUGUAAUUAUUUCCUAAUUUGAGCUCCAGUCAUCGGUGGCCAUCAUGGCGGCCAACGUCACUGUUCAUCUUCAACUUAUUUCUGAAUAACGAAUCGUAUCUUUCUUCGUUACGUUAUAAGUCGAAGUUAAUUCUUCACCAAAUAAUUUCCUCGCGAUGAAAACAUUGUCAGAGCCAGAAGAGAUUAAGACAUUUAAGGGUUUUACGCUUAUUUCAUACUACAAGCCAUUCCGAUAAGUCUUCGCGCCCCUCUUUCGUUCUCUAAUUCCCUCAAUUUCAAUGCUUCCUGUUUACGCGCAAAAUGGUAGACUCGAAUUCCAAUUAGAAUAGAAUGAACGAUAAUUCUUCGUUUCAAAUCAAUUAUUCAUUCGAUCAUCUGAGAAGCACAAGUGGCUAAGCAUAGUUGUCCCCCUGGUUAUAGAAACAUCUUUAGAUAUACAACGGUUCAACUAACAUUCAUCGCGUUUCAUUUUCUUCCAUUGAUUUAUAACUUGUCAUAGACAAAUCGAAGAUUUAUUACGAUAUGCAAAUACUUUCAAGCGUUUCACUUCGAUGACAACACUGUUGGUUAUCGAAAUCACCGAUCUUAAAUGUACAAGUGUCGCGUUUCUUUCCCGUAGACUAAUCGUUUCGCAUUUCUAUUUCACUUGAAUUGCCCAGCCCUUGAAUUGUAAAUAAUCACAGGUGCCUGAGAGGAUAUUACACUUGGAAUAUGUAAAAUUAAAACUUAAGCACCCGUUCGAACAUGUAAUUCUGUACACGAGACGGACAUUAAACUAAAUUAUAAAAAGCUUUCGAUUCGUGGCAGACACGUUCACAAGGAAAUUCACUUAAUAACCAAGUACCAAUGAAUCUCUCGCCAUACGUAAACAAUUAGAAAUAAAUUCUUAUGAAUUCCGUUUACUCGUAACGACAGGAUUUGCGAAUCUGUAUUAAUCAUCGUCCCUUGAAAUCUUCAUCGAUGCGAUCGAAAUAAUUAUGAAUUUGUUCUUACAAAUGAACAUAUGCAUAUUACAUCUAUCUAUUUACACCUGAAACACACACACACACACACACACGCACACGCACACGCACACGCACACGAAGGUACAUACAUAUAUCUACAUAUUAUUUAACUUUACAACAACCAACGUAAAACUGAACGAAAAUUUGCGCAACUAUCAAUUUCCCUUUCCCGCCCUAGUUCAAUUCUGUUGGAAAUCUGCACUAAGAUCGUACAGACGAAUAUUCGAUACUACCGAGUAAUGAAUAACCUGAUUCGGUGCAGUAUGUACAAAUGUAUACACUACCGCUCAAAAAUAUUUGACCAUUUCAAAUCUAGAGCCGAAAUCUAGAGAAGAAAGGAAACGAGAAGCACCGUGGUGCAUUAGGGUAAUUCUGGGUGAGAUGGUCGUUUCAGUUGUCAGAUCUUUGUUUUUAAUUAUUUUUCGUAGUGUACUGAGUCUCGUACAGUUCCCUGUUCCUGAUUAUUUUUCCUAUGUGUAUUCGCUUUCAUAAAUAUAUUUCUUUUCGUUAGGUGUCGAUGAUAUGACGCGACCCGCACAGAAGCCAUGCGGUUAACCCGUUGCCUUAAGAUUUAUUUGUUAACCCUUUGAAAUAAUUAUUUCAUUUUUAUAUAAUUUUUUGAUGAGGCGAAGACGAUAUUCUUUGAAACUAACUCGAACAGAAAUCACAAGCGCGUUGAGGAACAAAGCUAUUUUAUUCGAAUAUUUCACU